CAGUAUCUCCAAAAGGCACACCAAAAUGGCGGAGCAAGCAACGGAAGUUGAUUUGGAUAACAGGGAUCCUAACUCUCUUAACUCCACAAUUCAGGUCGCCUUUGAAGAUGUGCUAGGAGAACCAGAGGGAGCCCAUAGCAUCGACUGUGUCUGGAAAAACAGUUACAAAUGCUUUACAUGCGGAAAGAACUGUUGUUACAAGUUCAUGAGCACACUGUGUGGAAUAUGUAUCGCUCUGUACUGGGGAUGUGAGUUCGCCAUGAUCACAUUUGAGAUGGUGUGGUGUUGUACACCUGCUCUCAAAGUUCACUCCAUUCUUCUUGGAAUCUGUCAACGUUUCUUCGGAUCUUGCAUCCAGUGCUGUCUGGCUCCUGUCUGUGAAACGAUUGGAUUAUGUUUUAGCAACAUUACUAUUACUAAAAAGUGACAUACUUCCAGUUAUCAUUGAACUCUGUGCCAUCUACAAAUUAAAUGACUGUGAUAUGAAGAUAACUCCAAUAGUUUUCUGAAAACAUGUAACAUUUUACAAACACUUGAUCUUAUAUUAAUUUCAUGUGGAAUUGUACUUGAUAUGUUUAUUGCU